AUGCUGGGAACUGGAGAGGAACCUUCCUUCCGCAACAUAUGGACAGACCACCGAGUCCGGAGGGCUAUGUUUCCAACUCGUCAAAAGAGUUUUCAAAUUGAUGAUGAUGAAGACAUCUAUCAGAUGUUCCAGCCAACGGAGAAUGAUAUGAGCAGUCAUGAUGCCGAGAGUGACCAUGAGACUGCUGACCAUCCAGAAAGACCCUGUAGCUGGCAUGUUGAACAAACUAGACCAUCACGGCUAGACCUCCCCACAAGCAGGAGCAGAAUACUUCGUAGGGCCAGCAGUGUUGGAGAAAACCAAAGUGAGCAACAAAGCCCUACCAAGCGAGCCCUACAAGAAGAAGAGACCACCAACCAGACUGAGUCUUCAAGCAAUGAAAUCUCAGGGUCAUCUUCUGCCGAGCAGUUAACAAUUGAUGAUAUCGAGAAUGUUUAUGACAACAUUAGUUACGAGGAGCUUCAGGCCAUGGGGCUUAUCCGCAAGGAUCAAGUUAACCAUGGAGACUCUGAGGAAUCGGAGGUCAAAUCUAGGAUAGCACCACAAGUUAUAAUAACUCCAACUGAAACCGAGAGUUCAUGUGAGAGCAAUAGGUCUUCUGGUCAAGGCGGAGAGCAACUUGAGACGUGUGAACUGCAAAUUGUUGAGGAUGAGGAGAAUGUCUAUGAUACCAUUGUCUUCCAGGAGCCCCCAGUCCUCGCAGUUGUGAUGGAUCAGGGAAAACCAGAGAGUUUGAAGACAUCUGAAGUAGACCUCAUGGCUAGCCAGAUUUUAGGAGGGUUUGCAUCUGAGGAAAAGCUCUGUCCUACAAAUAAGACAGAGGUUGAACAGCCUCCCAUUUCCUCUGCUGCAAUUUCCGACACUGAAGCAUCUCAGCUUUCCACAGCUGAUCAUUCAUUAGAGCAAGUGGAAGAGAUCUGGACCGAUUUGGAAAACUACAUCCGGAACAAUGAAAAGAAGCCAGAUAGACUUCCAGCUGCAUUUCCUGUAAGUGGAACGGACACUGCAUCUCCCAAAAAAGUACAUGAUACCCCACGCAAAGCACAAGACUCUCCACGAAAAACACAUAACUCCCCAAGUAAAGGGAACAGGCUGCAACAAAGAGCUAGUGAUUCCCAAUGCAAAGCACAAGAAUCUCCAAGUAAGAAAGCCAAUUCUGCACAUAAGACAAAUGAUUCUCCAUGUAAAUUACCCUUAAAAACGGUCCCUGUUUGUGCUGCAUCUGGGUCACCCAACCCACCAGCCUCUAACCCCUCUCCAGCUCCCCAGAUCCCUAUCCUCAACAUUCCCGAAAUUGUAGAAUCUAGGUUAGAUGAGAAAGACGAAGCCUCUUCUCCUGCAGCACCUUCCCUUCCACUCCCUCCUACCCCUGAGCCUCAACCUGGUACAGUCAAGAGCAUCCGCAAGAAACUUGCAAGAUUAAGCAGUGGAAGCUUCAGGAUGGAUGAUGAGGAUAUCCCUUCACCAAAGGACUCAGAGCUUCAGACCCUGUUUAGUAGCAUGGACUCUGGCUCCUCUAGUAUGCUGCUGAGCGUGGAAGCUGGGGACCAGUUUCUUGAGCUUGGGGAGAAGGGCAAGAACAGAGUGUUCCUCAUGGCUAGACAGUACAGUCAGAAGAUCAAAAAGACCAACCAGUUACUGAAAAUGAAAAGCAUGGACCAUGAAUCCAGUUGUGCUAAGCCAAGGCUAGGCAAACAGAAAGACCUGGCAGCCAUACUGGAGGAGAAGAAACAAGGUGGCACUGCAAUAGGUGCAAGAAUAGCAGAGUACUCUCAUCUGUAUGAACAGGUGGUUUUUAAAGGUUCUCCAUCCACUACGCCAAUGCUGAAGUCCUCUAUCAGUAUUGCCGGCCACCAUCCACUUUUCCCCAGCACCACAUCCUCCCCUUCCCUAUCUGAGAGCUCUACCCAAGAGUCUGACUGGUUGAGCUGCACACACAGUAAUGGAGAACUUGCUGAUUUUGUGUCUUGGCCAGCAGAAAAAACAGUAUGCACUUCAACCCCACAGAGAGGACUGGCACCCGCAAGUUCUACUCCUGCUUUGAAGAACCUCCCUCCUACUCCGAGUACUCCACCCAAUCAGCGUUGGAGUGCUUGUGUGACACCAAUUAAAGAUGACUCUGAUCACAUUUACUCUUCAGUUGGACCACGCAAUGCCAAGGUGUCACCCCAUAAUCGCUGUCAGUCCUCAUCUUCACUGAUAGACCAGACCGGAAUAGAGAAUGGCAGGGAUCCAAGUAAUCAGGUGUGGGAGGUGAACCCAAUCGAAUCAAGGACACGCAUGUCACGGCAGCACAGCCUUCCAGAUUGCCCCAACCAAGGGACUUCAGACCUCUCAGUGCCAUGUGAUAUCACACUGAGGGACUCACAGCAAAUACUUGUGCUCAACAAAAAGGUGCCACUGAACGCGCAAAGUGCCACUGAGAAUUAUCUGGCCAACUUUAAAGACACUGGAGAUGAUGAUGACGACUAUGUAGAGAUCCGUUCUGAAGAUGAGGGUGAGGACCAGAAGCAGGAAACUGCUCAGCCGCACAAUCUGUCUGGAACUGCAGUAAAGUACUGCAACCCGCCUCAAGGCAGCAUGCAAACCCUCGUAAAAGGACAGCAGGUUUCCAGUAACCCUGAGAUGGCUCUGCAGGGAUACUUGUGGAAUGAUCCGGAUUGCAGCCAGCAAGGUGUGAAUCAGCCCACUAUUGUCCAGUCACUGAGGGAAAAGUUCCAGUGUCUCAGCUCAAGCAGUUUUGCAUAGGAAGCAGCAAAGAUGGACAACAUGCCACAUACUCAGCACACAGGAAGAAAGAAGACACAACAAACGUAAACUUCCACAUGGAACAUGUUACACAACUUAAAGACACAACACAAAGCACAAGACAUACUACAUUUUAACUCUAAUUCAUUGUACUUUACAGAGCUUAAUGCACUCAACAACAUACGAUUUGUAAAUUAUGGAUUCAGCAUUACUCUGCUCAUCUCUACAAUUGAAUUCAGUUAAACGCGGUGGUUAUAUAGCCAAGCAGAACACUUCACACAACAUCUUUCAAAUGAUUUAUCUUAUCUCUCUUUUUCUUAAUAUGAAGAGCCAAUAAUUAUAUCACAUGAAAAGUCAUGUACAUGUCAGAACAUGUUUUAAGAAAAUGAAAGAAACACAUUGGCUACAUGGGC